UUUGCAGCGUAACGUAAUGUUUUCAUGAAACGCUGUAAGGUGGAUCUCGAUUGAUUUCUUCCAGCUGUUUUUGUUUACCGGUAAAAAGACACAAUGUCUGAAAGAAAAGUGUUGAAUAAAUACUAUCCGCCGGAUUUUGAUCCGUCCAAAAUCCCCAAGCUUAAACUCCCCAAAGAUCGCCAGUAUGUAGUUAGAUUGAUGGCUCCAUUCAACAUGAGGUGUAAAACAUGUGGUGAGUAUAUCUACAAGGGGAAAAAGUUUAAUGCACGUAAAGAGACGGUGCAGAACGAGCUCUACAUGGGACUCCCAAUUUUCCGUUUCUACAUCAAAUGCACCCGGUGUCUUGCUGAGAUUACAUUUAAGACUGACCCUGAGAACACAGACUACGCCAUGGAACAUGGUGCAACAAGAAACUUCCAGGCAGAGAAACUUAUUGAGGAGGAAGAGAAGCGAAUCCAGCAGGAGAGGGAAGAUGAAGAACUGAACAACCCCAUGAAGGUGUUGGAGAAUCGCACCAAGGAUUCUAAAAUGGAGAUGGAGGUUCUGGAGAACCUUCAGGAGCUGAAGGAGCUGAACCAAAGGCAGGCUCGAGUGGACUUUGAGGGAAUGAUCGAACAAUACAGAGAGAUAGAACAGAGAGAGAGGGAGAGGAUAAAAGAAGAGGAUGAACGGGAGACAAAAGACAUGCUGGAGCGUGCUCUUGUAAAAAGACUUAGAGACUCUGACUCAGAGUCAGAAAAGGAAGAAGAGAGCAGCAGCAGCCAGUCGAAGAAGUCCAGUGCAGACAAACCAACUGAUAUCUUAACCACUGAUAAGCCAGCGGAGACACAGGCAGCCUCAGCUGGAGGAGUGAAGAGGGCCAAGGUGGAGAGUUGGGAGAGGAGUGUCGGGACACUGGGGAGAGGAGGGACACUAGGCUCUCUGGUGGUGCGAAAAAAAUCUACAGCAACAGUCAGCAAGCACAGUCCAGAGGAGGCCAAUGCUGCUCCCACCUCACAAACAGAUUCAAAGACAUCACCAAAUGCCACCAUGAAUGCUUCUAAAGUCGGUGCAACACAAAAUGGUUCAUCAUCUCUCAGCCUGCUGGGGGCGUAUUCAGACAGCGACAGCAAUGAAAGUGAAUGACAGCACUGCUAUCAGCAGGAUUUGUAUUGUCAGCUGCCCCGAACAAGGGAAUUAAAGUCAUGUUGAGCAGAUCCACUGAAAAAUGGACCUGCUGUGAAUUAGAAUUUAAAGGAGAAAUAACUAUAAAGUUUGAUUUACAUGUUUAAUGUUUCUGGUGCAGACGUAGCUUGAAGUAACUGCUACAUAUUUUAGUGUUUAUUAAAAGAUGUUUAACUCUUUUUUUCUUGUCAUAUAUUAUUCAACAUUCAAUAUGGCUUUUUUUUUCUUUCCUCAGUAUCCUCACUGUAAAUCCUGCAAUGCCCCUAAUCAGUUUGUAGUACAUUUAAAUAAAGUAUUUUUCAUUUUCAGUCAUAUAAGUCCUCAAAAGGGUGGAAUGUGUUUAUGUAGCAGCAUGAAAAGUGUGAUACUGCAGCAAUAAAAUUCAGAAUCAGUUUGAUGCUAAAUUUUUGAGAAGUUUGUGUAAUAAUGGUUGAAUGAUUGGUUCAGGCUUAUUAAAUGUGGCAAUCAUAUUUAUUGUGUAACAUAAGUUAAUUUACUCAAAAGCUAAUCAAGGACAAUUUUGAAGUAUCUGCAUCAUGAAACAUAUCUUAAAGCUUUUUUUGUUGUCUUUUAUUCCACUACUUUUUUUUUAUCCCACUAUAAGUAAACCAUAGUCAUAGGUAAAAUAUAACUUGUGAUUAGAAAUUAUAAAAAAAAACUGUAUGGUUGAUCCUACCUGUCAUACUUUGGAUGCCUCAUUUCAC